GGGCAGCAGCGGGCGGCGGGCACCGUGGUGGGCGAGGCGGUGCAGCGGUACAGCAAGGAGAAGAGGGAUGCCAUCUCGCUGGCCAUCAAGGAUAUUAAGGAGGCCAUCGAGGAGGUGAAAACCAGGACCAUCCGUUCGCCUUACACCCCCGACGAGCCCAAAGAGCCCAUCUGGGUCAUGCGCCAGGACAUCAGCCCCACCAGAGAUUGCGAUGACCAGAGGCCCGGGGAUGGAGACUCUCCCUCUCCGGGCAGCUCCUCGCCCCUGGGCGCAGAGUCUUCAAGUACACCCCUUCAUCCCAGUGACCCCGCGGAAGGCUCCGCCAACAAAGAGUCAAGAAAAAGCUUGGCUUCAUUCCCAACCUACGUUGAAGUUCCCGGACCUUGUGACCCUGAAGACUUAAUCGAUGGAAUCAUUUUUGCUGCCAAUUACCUUGGCUCUACCCAGCUGCUCUCCGACAAAACUCCCUCCAAAAACGUGCGCAUGAUGCAGGCCCAGGAAGCGGUGAGCAGGAUCAAGAUGGCCCAGAAAUUAGCCAAAAGCAGGAAGAAGGCUCCGGAAGGCGAGUCUCAGCCAAUGACUGAAGUGGAUCUCUUCAUUUCUACGCAGAGAAUCAAAGUAUUGAAUGCUGACACACAGGAGACGAUGAUGGACCACCCUCUGAGGACCAUUUCCUACAUCGCAGACAUCGGGAACAUCGUCGUGCUGAUGGCCCGCAGGCGGAUGCCACGCUCCAACUCCCAGGAGAACGUGGAGGCCUCGCACCCGUCCCAGGAUGGGAAAAGGCAGUACAAGAUGAUCUGCCACGUCUUCGAAUCUGAGGACGCCCAGCUGAUCGCACAGUCCAUAGGGCAGGCGUUCAGCGUGGCUUACCAGGAAUUCCUCAGGGCCAACGGGAUUAACCCUGAGGACCUCAGCCAGAAGGAGUACAGCGACCUGCUCAACACCCAGGACAUGUACAACGACGACCUGAUCCACUUCUCAAAGUCAGAAAACUGCAAAGAUGUCUUCAUAGAGAAGCAGAAAGGAGAGAUCCUGGGUGUGGUGAUCGUGGAGUCUGGCUGGGGCUCCAUCCUGCCCACCGUGAUCAUAGCCAACAUGAUGCAUGGCGGGCCUGCCGAGAAGUCGGGGAAGCUGAAUAUCGGCGACCAGAUCAUGUCCAUCAACGGCACCAGCCUGGUGGGCCUGCCUCUGUCCACUUGCCAGAGCAUCAUUAAGGGCCUGAAGAACCAGGCGCGGGUGAAGCUGAACAUUGUGAGGUGCCCGCCGGUGACCACCGUGCUGAUCCGGAGGCCGGACCUUCGCUACCAGCUGGGUUUCAGCGUCCAGAACGGAAUUAUCUGCAGCCUCAUGCGAGGGGGAAUAGCCGAGAGGGGAGGCGUCCGCGUGGGGCACCGGAUCAUCGAGAUCAACGGGCAGAGCGUGGUCGCCACCCCGCAUGAGAAGAUCGUCCACAUCCUCUCCAACGCUGUGGGGGAGAUUCACAUGAAGACGAUGCCGGCUGCCAUGUACAGACUGCUGACGGCCCAGGAGCAGCCCGUGUACAUCUGAGGCCGCGCCCACCGCCCGGCGCUUGCAUGGAGGACUCUCCUCGCUCGUGGUUGUGUUUCUCGUGCUGCAUCUGUGUGCCCACUGAGACUUCCCCUCGUGCCCAGCAUUCGGUCUGCACAGGAAGGAAGGAAUCCGUCAAGACUUUGCUCUCUGUCUCUCCUGUUUACUUUUGUUUUUUUAAUACCAGGGAAGUUUGUAUGCACUCCCCUGAGGAUGGAGAGCAGCCAGUAUCCACCUGGUACCUGCCCAGGACUGGACUGUCCUGAGGGCAUGCGGGGCAGGCACCGCCCAAGGGGGAAUGCUCCCUUCCCAGGAGGGGCCGGCCUCUUAGAGGAGCUCAGAGGACAGCAAGCUGCUGACUCAGCAGUGCCUACAAGCCCAUCACUGAUCUCUGCUCUCCUCCAGUAAGUGUGUGGGAAUACGGGGGUGACAGACCAGCCCACCAUGUACGUGGGGCACCAUCCAUUAUUUCUGCCCAGAAUUUCUGAGCCGACCUAAGGCUCCUUUUAUAGCUCCAAUUUCAACACAAUUGUUUUCUAAUAGGAGCCCCUCCCCCAAGGAUGUCACCAUGUGUUGGCAAUUCCUGGGACAUCAUAGCUUCUGGGUUGUCUUGAGGUUACACACUAUUAGAUGAACGUGGGCAGGUGCUGCCUGCCUCCAUCCAUGUCACCCACCUGUAUGGACACACAGUCUUACAUAUAUAUCACCCUUCCCUCCUCCCUUCCACCCAGGAGGCACACAGAGCCCCUGGAGAACCCCCAUUACCUCUGUCUGAGCCCCCCUCCCCUGGCUGCUGAGACCCUGGGGCUGGUCAGCUCUGUCCUGGGAGAGAUGCCCUGUGGCUCAGGCCCAGCCCUGCCAGCACCAUCUGGGCUCAGUGUUCUGGUGGCCGCCCUUCCCCGCUCACACACACUCACACACAGGGAGCCUGGGAAGGCAGGACUGCUCACCUGGAAGACGGGGAUGCAGGUGCGUUUGUGUGACAUUUGCUCCUCUGCUCAGGGCCACUAGGCAGUAUUCAACCUGUGAACAGCCAGGAGAGCACAUAAACCACAGAGCUAAGGGGACAAUCAUGACCUCAAGCUAUGCCCGAGUCCCCAGCGUGCUCCCGAAACUUCCCCUUGCUGCCUCGUGGGUCUGAGCGUUUAAUCGGUGUGGAGUGUUACGUGUUUUUUUUAAAUCAGGUGCCUCAUGUGUAUGAGUCCUGUCUCAGUUCGGUGAAAAUAUUUUAGUAAUUUUA